AUGAGCAAGGCGGCUGUCUCACGCCCACGCGUGUAUGUGCGCCUACGCCCGCUGAACGAUCGUGAGAAGAGGGAGGGCGGUGGUGAACUCAUAUGCCGCGGCGACAGUCGAAUGCCUGACACCCUCUUUUUGAAGGGCGAGGACGGAGGACCAGAGCUGCAGACGCGUUUUGACCACGUAUUUGACCGCGAUGUGGUGCAGAGUGAGGUCUUUAACGUCAUCGGGCCGGAGGUGCUGGACACGCUGUUCAGCGGCUACAACGCCUCUGUCUUUGCGUACGGGCAGACAGGCAGCGGAAAGACCUACACGAUGGAGGGCAACCGCGCAAAGCUGGAGGGGUACGGACUGACGCCGCGGCUGAUCCGUGCCGUCUUUGAAAGGUUCGAGGCGAACAAGGACAUCACCGACAGCGUGUGCGAGGUGAGUCUUGUGCAGAUCUACCAGGAGAAGAUCCAGGAUCUCCUGUCGGGGCAGAAAACACUGGAAAUACACAUGGACCGCACAGGGCAGUACGUGGCACGAGAUGCGACAUGGACACGUGUGAAGAGUCUUGAGGAGACGAUGCGGCUCUACACGAAGGCGUCGGAGAUGCGUGCGACAUCGGCAACUGAGAUGAACCUUGUCUCCUCACGCAGUCAUAUGAUUAUGAUGAUGAAGUUGCAGUGGGAUGAGCCCUCCCUUCCUGGCUCACGUGCGCAACUAAACCUUAUUGAUCUUGCAGGCUCCGAGCGGCUGGCACAGUCGGGUGCAAAGGGCGACAGCAUGUGGGAGGCGAUUCACAUCAAUAAGUCGCUCAGCGCACUUGGCAACGUCGUCUCUAAGCUUGUGGAGCAGGCGAAGCACAAGGGACGCCGCAUUCAUAUCCCGUACAAGGACAGUAAACUGACGUACCUGCUACAGUCAAGCUUGGGGGGCACGAACCUGAUUCACUUUAUUCUGGCAGUCUCCUGCAGUUCACUGUGGGGUGGAGAGACGAGAUCAACGAUCGAGUUUGGCAAGCGGGCCCUGCAGUUGGUGUUGCGUCCAGUGCGUAACGCAAUUGACUACAAGCGAUUGGCGGAGAUGGAGGAUAUGAUUGAGCGGAUGCGGUCUCACAUCGCCAGCUUGGAGCAGGAGCUACGCGAUAAGCGCAGCAACGAGGCGGCGGAGUUCCUGAAGCUGAAGCAAAUUCCACAGCACGGCGACGAGACCCCCGAGCGCUUCGACAAACGUCGUCUGCAGAGUCGACAAAAGAAGAAGCUUAAGAUGCAAACAGAGCUUGCCCGCAUCAUGGCAAAUCUGCCCGAGACCUUUGAUGAUUUGACUUCGCACUGUGUCCUGUUCCCUGAGUCUAAAGCGAGCUUUCGCGAGCUGGGCGGGCUGGAGCAGCUUGUGCACUUUGUAGACCACUCUGCCUCCAUCUUUUACCGCUCCAACGCCGCACAGACCAUUGCUAGCGUCUUGGAUGAUGCCGGGCGGGAGAUGUUUGAGGAGAUUGGCGGAAUUGACGCCUUGACGCGGCUGCUACAAGUCCGGGAGGAACGCUGCAAGGAGGCGGCGUGCGUGGCGCUUGAGGCCGCCUGUCGGGGUUGCCUGAAAAACAAAAUGAAGCUCACCCCCGUGGUGUACGCAGAGCUGGUGGAGCUCAUCUAUAGCUAUCCAAACCAGCAGGUGCAGGAGGCCGCAUGUACAGCAGUGGCUGCGAUUGUGGAUCAAUACCCCGAUGCCCGACGUAGCUUUGAACGGCUUGAAAUUGCUCCCAAACUCCUUGAGACGUUACGUAACGUCCCCGAGGAGGUCGUUAACCUCACCAAGGCGGCGACAAACUGUGUGGGCCGCUUGGCUCACGGAGAUCCAGAGAUGCAGUACACGAUAGCCUCCUUUGGUGGCAUUGAUCUACUUAUUGAAAUCUUGUUUAGCCCCGCAGGAACACGUGACCAUCGGGUCCCUAUUCUUGCCUCCUACGCCCUUGUAAAUUUAUGCUGCAGCAAUGAACAUAAUUUUGACAUCGUGCGCGAUAACCCACGCUACGGUGAAGUGAAAUUUCGCCUGCUUGAAGGUCUUGCGCGUGCCUUUGGUAAAAACACUGUGCAUGAGGGUUACGGUCGUGCCACUGCCCAAGAGACGGAAUCGCCCUUUCCAUACUACGGUGUCACCAUUGCUGACAAGUGGUCCGCCACCUCCUCUGGAGGCCGUCCAAUCUUCUCGACCUUUAUGGACAAUCCGCAGUUUUACCUGUACGUGACGGAGACCACGGACGUUGCAUUUAUAAUCCAAGACCUGCUUUACGAGGCUCGUAUGCUGAAGAAGAAGAAGAAUAACACGGUGUUCAUGGGGCUAGCCCUCUUUGAGGGUGACCCUGAGCUUUCGAAGGCAGGGUUGAAGCAGCUGGACUUUCAUGGACGCAUGAUUGAGAUUGCGAAAUUUACCUCCAACAGCGAAAACGUGCUGUAUUGCACGCUGCAACCGAGUGAAACCCCGUACGUUGUAGUUCCCUUCACCAGUCAACGCGGUCGUCAGACAGAGUUUGCGCUUUCGGCCUUUGGUGACAAGUUUAUUCAGCUUACCGCCGUGCCAGAGCAGGUGGGGUGGGUGCGUACUGUGCUGGAAGGCUCCUGGACCGAAUUCACGGGACGCGGCGGUAGCAGCUUUGACUGGCGCUGCAAUCCACAGAUUCGUCUGCAACCAAAAGAAAACUGUCGCGUGGUGUUUGCCCUGUCGUACCUCUCUGUAGACCGUCAACGUGCCCAGUCGCGUGAGGAGGAGGGCGAGGAGCCAAAUAAGCGCCCCCGCCUACAUGGAAGACUCUUCACCAACUUUGCCCCGGAAAGGCGAUACCUUAAGGCCAUCGUUCCACUACCACAAAAAUCCACCUUUGUCGCUAGUAACUUCUAUGCUAGCAACAGUUACAUUACUACCUCUGCGAACCUAAAGGCGGGAGAGUCGUAUGUGUACAUUCCUUUUACAGAGUCCCCCUAUCAGGAUGAAUGGCGGCUCUCUGUGUACUGUGACACAGACGAUAUGACCAUCUCCCCGCUUGCCGGGAGCAAGUCAGAGUGGUAUUGCACCUCCUCCGCUGGGACGUGGGCAGGAAAGCCGGUUUCGGUGCAGGUUGAAACAAAGGGGAAGAUGGUGGCGGUGGCGAGUAGCCCCGGUGUCUUCCUGCGUGUACGUCUGCUCAAUACAAAAGGUAAAAAAUUGGAAGGCAUGGACGCCUACUGGAAUGCAGAGGCAUCGGUAGAGUACAAGAGUCAGGGGAUUGUCACCGUGGACGUAGAGGGCAUGAUGCGCACGGAGAAGGGGCAAGUGGCGGCGCGAGAGAUGAAGUUUGAUGUCUUUGUUUUCACAGAGAAUAAGUGUACGCUGCAACACGUUGACUUCGCUGCCGUGCCCAGCAUUCUUCCACACCCCACGAGGAGUACCCCUGCAGAGCUGCUCAAGUACCCCGUCGAGGUAGUGGACGCCGACGUCCCGAUUGACAACCUCGACCAGAGCGACGACGAGGACGAGGAGGCGUGGGGCGACGACGACGCCGAGGAGCGUGGGGUGGAGCUGGAGAACACGCUUAGGCUGCGCAACGAGGAGAACGCAAGACUGCUGAAUCGCAUCGUGGAGCAGCAGCGUGAGAUCCUGGAGCUGCGGCAGGUGCGCGAGGCGGCGCCGGCCACCGACCCGACGCUCAAAAGCAACGUGAAUGGGAAACGACGCGGGACCGUCGCGGGCUCGCACCCGCGGACGCAACCUCCGCCGUCGCGGAGGCAGCAGCGAAGGAAGUCGGAGGCGAGGCCGACGCUCAAGGGCGCUGUAGGGGAGAGUGCACCCGUGCUGGAGGUCCCGACCCCGCUGGGUGCCGCCUCACCCAGCGUGAGCGACGAACAGGUCCGCGUGUUGAGGGAGACCGCCGAGCACUCCCUCAUCGUCCUCAACAGCAUUGAGCAGCACCCCGAGCCCCCAACAGAGGAGGAGUGGGCGGAGAUGCGGAACAAGCUGCGUGAACUCCAACACCGACUUUUCUUUGCACUUGAGGAACCUUAG